CGGCACGUGAUGCUCUGUCCUCCGUGAGCACGGAGAGCAGUUGCUACAGCGUUGCUCCACUUUCUCUGAUCCGAUCCUGGACCCAGCCCCAGAGUUAGAACUGACUCCACCAUGGAAGAGGCCGAUCGAAUCCUCAUCCACUCCUUGCGCCAGGCGGGCACGGCAGUCCCGCCAGAAGUGCAGACUCUGCGAGCUUUCAGCACUGAGCUGGUCGUAGAGGCUGUGGUCCGAUGCCUUCGCGUGAUCAAUCCUACUGUGGGCUCUGGCCUCAGUCACUUGCUGCCACCGGCCAUGUCUGCCCGGUUCCGCCUGGCUAUGAGCUUGGCUCAGGCCUGCAUGGACCUGGGCUAUCCCUUGGAGCUUGGCUAUCAGAACUUCCUGUAUCCUAGUGAGCCUGACCUCCGAGACCUACUUCUCUUCUUGGCUGAGCGGCUACCCACUGAUGCCUCUGAGGAUGCAGAUCAGCCUGCAGGUGACUCGGCUAUUUUCCUUCGGGCCAUUGGGAGCCAAAUUCGGGACCAGCUGGCCCUGCCCUGGAUCCCACCUCUCCUUCGAACUCCCAAGCUGCAGCGCCUCCAGGGCUCAGCCCUCCAGCAGUCAUUCCACUCCUCCAGGUUGGUUCUGUCAGAGCUCAGUUCCAAAGGAGAGCCACGGGAGUUCCAGGCAAGUCCCCUGCUGCUACCAGCCCCCACACAGGUGCCCCAGCUUGUGCAGAGGGCAGCCUCACUCCUCGAACAUCAUGCCAUCCAACUCUGCCAGAAUGUGAGCAGGGAUUGCCAAGGAGAUGAAGACCGGGUGUGCUGGGCACACCGUCUCCCAUCCCAGGAGGAUUCCCGGGCUGCACAGCAACGACUGCACAAACAGCUGGCUGAACAUCUUCGUCAAAGCUGGGGCCCACUUGGAGCCUCAACGCAAGUCCGAGACCUAGGAGAGAUGCUCCAGGCCUGGGGUGCUAGGAAUAAGACUAGCACCUCCAAAGGCUCCCGCUUCACCCAUUCAGAGAAGUUUACCUUCCAACUGGAGCCCCAGGUCCAGGCCACCCAGAUACCAGAUAUACCAGCCACCUCCCAGAAGCCUGAACUGGACACACGGGCAGCUCAAGAGCAGGAGUUAGAGUCCCUUCGGGAGCAGUUGGUGAGUGUGAACCACAGCAUUGAAGAGGUUGAAGCUGACAUGAAGACCCUGGGAAUCAGCCUUAUGCAGGUGGAAACCGAGUGUCGACAAAGUGAACUCCGUGUGGCUGAGCAGAAGCAGGCCCUACGCUUGAAGAGCAGGGCAGUAGAAUUGCUGCCUGAUGGGGCUGCCAACCUCGCCAAGCUGCAGCUUGUGGUGGAGAGUAGUGCCCAGCGGGUCAUUCAUCUAGCAAGUCAGUGGGAGAAACAUCGGGUCCCACUUCUUGCUGAAUACCGUCACCUCCGAAAACUCCAGGAUUGUAGGGAGCUGGAAUCAUCUCGACGGCUGGCAGAAAUCCAGGAGCUGCACCAGAGUGUUCGUGCAGCUGCAGAAGAGGCUCGCAGGAAGGAGGAGGUCUAUAAACAGCUGGUGUCAGAGCUGGAGACUAUACCAAAAGAUGUGUCCCGGUUGGCCUACACCCAGCGCAUCCUGGAGAUUGUGGGCAACAUCCGGAAGCAGAAGGAAGAGAUCACUAAGAUCUUGUCAGACACAAAGGAACUUCAGAAGGAAAUCAACUCUCUCUCUGGGAAGCUGGAUCGGACAUUUGCAGUGACUGAUGAACUCGUGUUCAAGGAUGCUAAGAAAGAUGAUGCUGUUCGGAAAGCUUACAAAUAUCUAGCUGCCCUGCAUGAGAAUUGCAGCCAGCUCAUCCAGACCAUUGAGGAUACAGGCACCAUCAUGAGGGAAAUUCGAGACCUGGAGGAGCAGAUUGAGACAGAGAUGGGCAAGAAGACUCUGAGCAACCUGGAGAAGAUCUGUGAGGACUACCGAGCCCUUCGCCAGGAGAAUGCUGGCCUCUUGGGCCGGGUCCGGGAAGCCUAGAGCCCUGAUGGAAGUCUUACAGCCACAGGCAGGAACUUGGGGGGUGCUGGAGACAGUGCCCGAGCACUUGUUCUAGCAUUCCUUAUGUUUGAUCCCCGUUUUCUUCUGCUGGGAUUUUAAACCCAGAUGCCUGCUUAUCUGGUCCCAUCUUUGAUCAGGGUGAUUAUCUAGCUUGACCACAGUUUAUUGGAUGGCCACUGGGGACCAAGGGGUCUGGGUUUCCCAAA